UGGGGAGCUAGCUGGCCCCGCGGUUGCUUUUCUUGUUUUCAAAUAAAUUAAAUUUUGUGUUCUUUUAUUUUUGUACUGUAAUGUUGGCUUUCGCUGGACUUGGUCGUGCAGCGACGAGAGCUGCACCACGAACAAAUAGACUCCCGUCACAAAUAGUCCACAGAAUCGCACAGCGCUCCUGCGUCGACAUGUCUGAUACAUUGUUUGAAGACAUCGGGAUUCUGGUGUCCGGUGCGAACUUAGGAAUUGGCUCACCUGGCCCAAAAGAGUUGGCCACGUGCAAUCAACUGUUUGCAGAAGCCACGCAAUUCAGAAUAAGCAAGGAGGACUCGACAAGCUUGUUUUCUUACGGACCCAGAAGUGGGCAUCCUGGGUUCCGGGCUCAGUUGGCCAGCUUCCUGAGUAAACAUUAUGGUGAUGCUGUGGACCCUGACGACUUGAUGCCCACUGGAGGGGCUAGUCAGGGCUUGACCUUGCUGACUAACUACUACUUUAGCUCAGGAGAUGUAGUGUUUGUCGAGGAUGCUUCAUAUUUCCUGGCCCUCACCUUCUUCAAGAAUGACUGUAACAUGAAGAUCAUAUCGGUGCCGACCGACGAUGGUGGUAUCAUUCCUGCAGAAUUUGAAAGCCUGGUCACGCAGCACAGCAAGGACUUCCGAGCCGUAACGGAUAACAAGCCUUUCAAGGCCAUGCUUUACACAAUCUCGACGUACCAAAAUCCGACGGGCCGUUCACUGGAUGCACAGCGUUGCAACGACAUCCUGCGCGUUGCUAAGGCCAACGACUUGCUCGUGCUCAGCGAGGAUGUCUACAACCUGUUGCCCUUUUCGCAAAGCUUCCGUGACGGCGACUUCAACUCCAGCUACGUGCCGGCCACCGAGGAGAAGGUGGACCCGUCUCCACUGCGCAUGUACCACUAUGACCGACUGGCCAAUAGCGGCAAUCCUGGUUACGGGAACGUCGUGUCCAACUGCACGUUCAGUAAGAUCCUGGCACCGGGCUCGCGUCUCGGCUGGAUGGAAGGAUCUAAGCACGUGCUUGACCCGGUGCGCCGCAGCUCCUUUGUGCAGAGCGGCGGGGCUAUUCAACACUUCAUGGCUGGCAUUGGCGAAGCACUGCUGGAGCUCGGUUUGCAGGAGAAGCAGCUGGCACAUUGCCGGCAAGCUUUUGAGAACCGUGCCAAGGCGCUGUGCCGAGGAUUCCGCGCGCACUUGCCGUCGGAAGUUGUUUGGAAGCCACCCCAUGGUGGCUACUUCAUGUGGCUACGCCUGCCCGACAAUGUUAGUGGCAUGGACGUCAGGAAAGCGGCGUUGAAAGAGAACAUCUCGCUGACGCACGGCGAAGCGUUUUCCCUUGAGGGUAAGUUCAAGAAUUACAUCCGCGUUUGCUACACGUACGAAGAAGAAGACACACUGGAGAAGGCUGGCGAGACCAUCGGCCGCAUCAUCAAAGAUCUGAUGUGAAGCAGCCGCCGAAUGCAGUCUGCAGUGAGUGCUACUCUAUACUCAUUUACAGUACAAUCAUGUACAUUGGCACAGCUAGGAGCAAAACAACACAGCACAUGCCUGCCUCCGACCGUAGCAUGCCUCUCACUGCACCGCCGUUAGGAUGCCUGGAUGUUACUUCUGUUGGCGAAUACACGCUCCAUGUACUAUCGGCGUCAUAGCUGAUGACGCACUGACGUGCAUUUGCUUGCCUCCCCGCUUAUUGUAGCAUGCCCAAUCUGGUUGUUUCAGAGUUUUGAAAACUCCGUAGACAUUGCACAUAGGUCAUGCUGCGACUUGUCAUCUCACUUUUUUUCAGAUCUCUUGUUAUGAAUUUUAGUGGGCCUUUUCUUUACUGUACUCGUUGUGUGUGCAGUAAACAUCACCCAUACCAGUAGAUGCCCGUAAAGUGAGGCCGUUAGUUCACUGUAGACUACCCGAGGCUGUGCUUCAAAUGUUUAUCUUGCCACUCGCUCAGCCUGCAGUGCAGGAAUGUUUGUGGCUUUCUUUUGUUUUAGACUGGCUAUAGUCACUGUCUUGUUAAGUUUUAAGCUAUUUUUGCGUGGCGUUCAUUUGUUCGCCCCGGCCCAUCCUGCUCUUCUCCUCCAGUGUUCUGGUGUAGUGCCUCUUUUCAA